AUGCUCGGUCUCUUCGUUCUCUUGACCUCUGCCCUAGUUAGUGCAUACCCUAACCGGGGUCCCUGCACUGGGGAUUGCUGGACUCAUGAUCCCUCUAUGAUCCAGCGAGUAUCAGAUGGAAAGUACUUCCGUUUCGCUACUGGUACUGGAGUCAACACCCAUACAUCGCCAUCAGUCAAGGGUCCAUGGACAGAUGUAGGCGCAGCCCUGCCAGAUGGAUCAAAUAUCCACAUCGACGGAGUCGACAGCAAAGAUAUCUGGGCCCCUGAUGUUCAUUACCAGAACGACCAGUACUACAUGUACUAUGUACUCUCCAAGAUCGGCACCCAAAACUCAGAAAUUGGAGUAGCAACAUCGAAAACGAUGGAGCCCGGUUCCUGGACUGACCACGGCGUCGUCGGCCUGCCCGCCAACACCAACUACAACCGCAUCGACCCCGCCUGGAUCACCAUCAACGGCAAGAACUACAUGAACUUUGGCUCCUUCUGGGGCGACAUCUUCCAGGUCGAGAUGGAGACCCCUCUCAAAGUCGGCUCAGCUACCCCCUACCAGAUCUCAUGGAACUCGACUCUCAACCACCGCGAGGAGGGCUCGUUCGAGUUCAAGCACGGCGACUUCUACUACCUUCUCUACUCCGCUGGCAUUGCUGGAAAGUACACCAAAGACUUCCCUGCUGAGGGUGCUGAGUACCACAUCCGUGUGUGCCGUUCCCAGACCGGCCUCGGUGACUUUGUUGAUGCCAACGGCACCCCUUGCACCCAGACCGGCGGCACUAUGCUCCUCUCUUCCCACGGCCAAGUCUUCGGACCUGGUGGACCUGGUGUUGUCAAUGAUAAGGACCUCGGUCUUGUCAUGUACUACCACUACUACCCUCUCGCCAAGAAGCAGAGCACCACUGUCUCUGACAACUCCAACUACAUGUACGCCUGGAACGCCCUCGGCUGGAAGGACGGCUGGCCUUUCGUCCAGGCGCCUUAA